UUUGAUGUGCAUAUGCAGGAGUUUUAUAUACCUGGUUAUUUAUUGCUACUAGAUAAUAUAUGUAUAAUCUAUAAACUAGUGCAUAGUGUUGUGUUCUUAAAAAUGGAUAAAGAAACUGUCAGCAAGCUCAGGGAAUGGGGUCUUGAAUCCCUCAUUCACAUAUUUGAAGAAAAUGAAAUUUCACUUAACACAUUGCCAUUGCUCGAUGAUGAAACAUUGAAGUGUUUAGUACCCAAGAUAGGGCCUAGAUUAAUUAUUAAAAAGAAAAUUGCAGACAUAUUAGCAAGGCCAAAUAAGGAAGACAUAUCGUUAGAGACUUGCAGUGAUAUUUGUUCCUUUCAUUCUGACGAGGCAAGUACAAGCACAAACGUGCAUCUACCGUUCUCCGUGCGUACAAAUCUUGACUUGAGUACAAGUACAUCAUUGUCACACGAAGGAGAAUCAUUAGAAACUAUUUACACCGUAUUACCUCUGGAAUCCGAAGUUGCCCCUAAAAAACCCAAAUUAACUAUUGCGAAUAAUUUUAAAGAUUUUGAUUUGAAAGACCUUCUUCAUAAAACUUGUAUGGGAAAGGCUAUAAUAAAUAUAUAUGAAACAAAUAAAAAUUUGGACUCUAGAUCUCAGGGAUAUCUGGUAGACAUUAUCUGUCAACAUUUAUUGAAUGCAGAGUAUUCGCGUAUGACUAAUGCUGAUUUCAAUGUUCUAUCAACAUAUAUAGUAAGUCUUUUCCCAAAUGAGUCAAAAGAUGUUUACUACACUCCACCUGUUCGAAAGAGACACUCUCGGGAUAAUAAAUCUGGUGUAGCUAGAGGGAANAAAAAAAAACUGGCUGAAUCGCUACUUUAG